UCAGCGCUAUUGUCUGUCAGUUUUCUUGUCAAAAAUGAGCCUUGCAUUCGUAAAUUUUAAAACUUUCCGAUUCUUGCAAUGAAUUCAGGAAUAAGAAAAUAAUGGACAACCUAAGUGUAUAACUAGAAGACAAAAAUGAAGUUGGUUUACAAAAGUAUCGAGAAAGAUGGCUGUGGGAGUAUUAGCCUUAUCCCCGAAGAAUCGGAGGAUAUGUGGCAUGCCUUCAAUCUCAUUGCUGAAGGUGACGCAGUAACUGCUUCCACUGUGCGUAAAGUGCAGACGGAGUCGUCUACUGGCUCUUCAACCAGCAACCGAGUGAGAACCACGCUGACCAUUCGCGUUGAGACUAUCGACUUUGAUACUCAAGCAUGUGUACUACGGUUAAAAGGACGGAACAUAGUCGAAAAUCAAUAUGUAAAGAUGGGCGCCUACCAUACCUUGGAUUUGGAAUUAAACAGAAAGUUCACACUGCAGAAGAUACUAUGGGAUUCAGUGGCAUUGGAACGUGUGGACAUGGCCUGCGACCCAGCUCAGAAUGCUGACGUCGCAGCCGUGGUCAUGCAAGAAGGCCUUGCCCAUGUUUGUCUUAUCACACCAUCCAUGACUUUGGUGAGGUCCAAAAUAGACAUGACUAUACCAAGGAAAAGAAAGGGUUUUACACAGCAGCAUGAAAAGGGUCUGAAUAAAUUUUAUGAUGCCGUCAUGCAAGGAAUACUCCGUCAUGUUGAGUUCAGCGUGGUCAAGUGUGUGAUUGUCGCUUCACCAGGGUUUGUGAAGGACCAGUUCUUUGAGUAUAUGAUGCAGCAGGCUGUAAAAACUGACAACAAACUGUUGAUUGAAAAUAAAAGCAAAUUCUUGCUGGUUAAGGCUUCUUCAGGAUUUAAACACUCCUUGAAAGAGGUUUUACAGGAACCAGCUGUUAUUGCAAAAAUAUCUGACACUAAGGCAGCAAGUGAGGUAAAACUGUUAGAGAGUUUCUACACCAUGCUGCAACUGGAGCCAGCAAAGGCUUUCUAUGGGAAAAAACAUAUUGAAAGGGCGAAUGAGGCAAUGGCUAUUGAGACACUUAUGAUAUCAGACAAACUAUUCAGGUGUCAAGAUGUACAAAAAAGAAAGGAGUAUGUAUCACUGGUGGACUCAGUUAGAGAGAAUGGUGGUGAUGUUAGGAUAUUCUCCAGCAUGCAUGUAUCUGGUGAACAACUAGAUCAGCUUACUGGAUUAGCUGCCAUACUUCGUUUCCCAAUGACCGAGCUGGAAGACAGUGAUGCAGAAGGCGACAGUGACGAAGAUUCAGAUUGAAAUUACGCACCAGUAAUAAUUCACCUCAUCACAUUGAUAUUGUUAAUUUAUCACACACAUAAUCAUAUUUUAAUUCAUGAAACAGAAAGAAAUGCGUAUUACAGGGCUGUGCUUUAUGGCGCUUUAUUUACUCUUGUGGUAACUAGCCCUCAAUCCAUAUCUUGAAUCUUAACUAGUGAAUUUGUCAUUAAUUUUAUUUUAAAUUAAUUUAUACAUUCAUAAGUAUAUUUUUAACUAUUGCCUCCCUUUUAAUUGUUUUAUU